AUGUCGCGCUACUUUCCCCACGCUCCCUACGCGGAGGAUCAGUCUCUAUCCCACACCAUCCUUACAUCGCACGUAAUCGUGCGAACCAUCACACUAAGCACCAUCGUCGCUGCUGGCAUCACAACAACACGGCAACUCAUCCCCGCGUUCCGACCCAAGGCCACAGCGCUCGCCUUCACUCCACGGCUGAUCCGGUCCGCAUCGACGGGCACGGUGGUGGCCCUGGGUCUCGGGGCGCUCAUGACGCUGGGCCGUAUGCACGGCCGUGAGGAGAUUGAGUGGCAGGAUCGUAGCUGGAGGCUUUUGGAGAAUAAGGGACAGCUGGAGACGGAUGACUGGACUGCGGUAGGCGCUGGUGUAGGUGCUGUGCUCGGCGCUCAGGCAGCUAAAGGUUUGGGAUGGAGAGGCGCUGUUGGAGGCUUGGGCCUGGGAACCGUGGGAGGUAUGCUUGGAUACAUGGGAUGGAGAUACGGGGUGAACGGGGGCAAGUUUCCCAAGGACAAGGAUGAGCUAUGA